AUGGCUGCCACCCCCAAACAAAUUAUCAGCAACAUAACAAUCGACGGAUUAUCGAUGGAAGCGGGAACUCUCCUUCGCUAUGUCCUUCCGUUAAACUUCCAACGACGUCGUCUCGCUUCUCGUCCCUCCUCUUUCCCGCGCUCCGCUAAGGCUUCUCUCAAUUCUCAGGGAGAUUAUAGAGGGCCGAAGCCAAAGAGGGAAUGGGUGGCCGAUUUGGUGUCUAAAAACGACGGCGUAGUACGGAGUUUACCUAUAUACGUCGGCGGAAUAUCUCUAUUGGCUGUUCUUUUCAAUCGUACAGUUUCUGGCAUUGCUCCUGUUGCUGACGCCAGCAGUUCACAAUCCAGAGCAGAUCUAUUGACACUUGGUUUGGGUGUAACUUGUAUUUUAAAUGGUCUUGUAUGGCUUUCAAUUAAACCAAAAUCUAUAUCUGUGGUAAAUCCUGAAGGGGUGGAAUGCCAAAGGAUAUUUUCUGAUCUUCCUGAUUCUGUCAUUUCUGAGUUAAUCUGGGCAUGGGAGUCUCUAUCAUAUGCGACAUGUUGCAGGUCUCUAGUUGUUAUUUAUGAUGGAAUCUGCAUUUUGCAAAUAGGAUUUGCUGCUGCAUCUUCCUCCGAUGAAGGUGGAGCCAUGGUUGUCGAUGCCAACAAAUUGGUGCUAGGUUCUCUUUAUAAUGGUGUCAUAAAAUCUGGAUCACAAAGUUACUUGGCCAAUUUAUCUCUAUAUCCUGGGAAGUCUGAGCUACCAUUUCUACCUUCAAACACACAGGCUGUUAUCUUGCAACCCCUUGGGGAUAAAGGAAUUGCUGUAGUCGGUGGUGACACAAUAAGGGGAUUUACAUCUUCUGACCAGGCAUGGAUCACAUUAAUUGGAGAUAAGUUAGAUGCUACACUUGCAAAGGUUGUGGACAGAAUUCCAUUGGCAGUGGAAGAAAGGAGUUGA